AUGCCCCCUUCUUUUCUCCCACUUUUCCUUCACUUAAUCCCUCAUCGUCUCACUCUGCUCUUUUCAGCUUCUGCCUAUACUUAUGUUCCUUCACCUUGUGCCUAUACUUAUGUUCCUUCACCUUGUACCUAUACUUAUGUUCCUUCACCUUUGGCCUAUACUUAUGUUCCUUCACCUUGUGCCUAUACUUAUGUUCCUUCACCUUGUACCUACACUUAUGUUCCUUCACCUUUGGCCUGUGCUUAUGUUUGUUCACAUUCUGCCUAUACUUAUGUUCCUUCACCUUCUGCCUGUACUUAUGUUCCUUCACCUUUGGCCUAUGCUUAUGUUCCUUCACCUUGUGCCUAUACUUAUGUUCCUUCACCUUGUACCUACACUUAUGUUCCUUCACCUUUGGCCUGUGCUUAUGUUUCUUCACCUUCUGCCUAUACAUAUGUUCCUUCACCUUUGGCCUGUGCUUAUGUUCCUUCACCUUGUACCUAUACUUAUGUUCCUUCACCUUUGGCCUAUGCUUAUGUUCCUUCACCUUGUGCCUAUACUUAUGUUCCUUCACCUCUGGCCUAUGCUUAUGUUCCUUCACCUUGUGCCUAUACUUAUGUUCCUUCACCUUGUACCUAUACUUAUGUUCCUUCACCUUCGGCCUGUGUUUAUGUUCCUUCACCUUCUGCCUAUACUUAUGUUCCUUCACCUUUGGCCUAUGCUUAUGUCCUGUUUCACUCCUUAUGCAAUUAUUACAACAGUCUAGGCAGAGACAGGUUGUGCGAGUUAGCUUUUGCACAAAGCCUAGGUAGCCUAUAG